GCUGUCAGGGAUAUUGCCAUCCUACCUACAUACUGGACCACCAGUAUUAUUGAAUCCAGAGAGAGUGAUACCUUACUCAGAAUCAGAGAGAUACGAGCGGCACUUUACCCCAAAUGUUUCUUUGGCACCCUCAUUCAGCCAAAAGGGAUCUCCUGACGAUGAAAUUGAAGACACUGAUGUGAAAGCAGUGCCAUCAUCUGUAAUGAGUGCUGAUGAAUGCUUCAGUUCAGAAACACCAGUUCGGAAACCUUUGCCUGGGAUAUCCAAGUUUGAAGCAGACCAUAGGGAGACAAUAGAAUAUGAUAUAGCCACAGACACCGAUGAUUCUAGCAUGGCUUCUCCAACAGAGAGUUGUCGAGACACACAUCUCUCGGACCUGCCCAUAUAUGAGAGCACACUAGAGCAGGAGAUGGACAUGAUACGCACUGUACUUGAAGGUAAAGUGGAUCCGGCCCCAGAGGCUCAAACCCGCUUUCUUCAGGAUUACUCCAAAAUGAGAGCCAAGACGGAAGAGACAGUGCAGUGGUUGCUGCGGGAAAUUGGAACACUCAAGAAUGAACUUGAAGCAGUUCGGAGGCAGAACUUGGAGUUGGGCGAAUUAGUUUCCAAAUCAGAAUUGGAAAGAAGGAAUUUGACUUUGGAAAAGGAGUACGCCCUGAAAGAGGUUACUUCCCAGAAGCAGCAGUCACAGAUUCAUAACAAGAUUGACAUGGAGCUGGAGAAACAGCUGCGGAGCAUGGAGUCUCUUUACCAGGAAGCCUACAGUGAGAACAGAGCCCUUCGCCUAGAAUUAGCAAGCAUGUCAGAAAAGUCAAAAUCUUCCAAAUAUUCAAAUGGUGUUGGCAAAACUGUGAAAUCACCCUGUUUGAGGAUGACGUUGGGCACCUCACCCAGCAGAGAAGCGGGCACGACAAGCCAGAAGCAGCCCUUGAGCUUGGAGAUAAAAAGGGAAAGGGAUAUUACUGUGGACUAG